AUGGGUGUUCCGCUCGCUACAAUCAAGGUCUCCCAGCCAGUGGUGGAAAUCUCGGGAGGUCAGUUCCAGCCGUCCCCAGAUGGCACCUUCUCGCUCACACCCAACCAGGUGGUGCUGCGCGCAGGCGCCCUCACAGGAAGCUUCCUAGGCUCCAACCUGGACCAGGCAAAUGUGACUAUAACGGCGCCUCAUGACUCUGUGCCUGCAGUGAGCGGGCGCCUCUCCACCCGCCUCUCCCAGUACCGCCUCGUGCUGCAGGCAUCUGUCUCUGUUCCUAUCAGCUCUGUUCUUGCCAACUCAGGAGCAAGCGAUUCUGCCGUCUCCGCAACAGCAGAUGCUCGCGUGUUGGUCGAGAUAAAAGCCCUGGCUCUUGGCACUAGUACAUAA